AUGUCGGUCUACUUUAUUUUAGAUGCCUCAGUUUUCCAGAAAGGUUUAGGAAACAUUCGGCAGUGGUACGACGAUGUUUCUUCGCAGAAGCAAAACUUGUUGCAGGUUCAUCUGUAUAUCCCCACGUAUACUUUGAUGGAACUGGAUUUUCAGCAGGCUAAGCGCAAGUCGUAUAUUGCAGGGCAGUCGCUGAAGUUUAUCGACGGUAUCAAGGAGUCACAGUGGUUUCAUUUGCAUUUGGAGUAUCCAGAGACGGUGGGCAAGGUGUUGGACGAUGAUGUUGCGAGGUUUGCGAAGGGAUCUGCGGGGAAGCUAUCGAUAAGCGGGCUGCGUCCUAAGUUCCAGACGCUGUUGAAGUCGUGUGUGUAUAAGUGUUUACUCGAGGAGGAGCAGAAGGAUGCGAACUGGAUUGUUGUUACAGAAGACCCUCAUGUGGUGUCUAUUUUAGAUGAGCACGGGGUCCCACAUGUCGAUUUGAUGCAGGCGGAUCGUAUGGUGCAGGAGAUUCUACAGACCAUACCGUUUAAACGGCAUGCGCGGUUUAACGAGGACUUGAGAAGGACUGUGAGACGGGUGGAGCUAGAUGGCAAGCAGGUGUUCAAAACGUCGUUUGAGCAGGUGCUGUAUGCACCCAGGGGGCGCGGGACGCUGUGGAGUCCUUGA